CACCUAAAAGUUGAAGCUUUUUCUAAAGCAGAAAACAGGGUAAUCAAUUGUCUAGUAAACCUACGUGUUCCUCUCUCCCUCCCAUGGCGCCCACACCUCUUACCCCACCAUUUACGUGACCAUGGCAUCACAAACGAGGAAUUCUCCGCAUACCCAACUCCUAUUCCUCCAUUGAAAACGUGACAGACGACGAGAAGGUAAGGAAGACUUGGUCCGAUACUUACUUCCACCACCACUCUUUUCUUCUUUUCGUCUUCUCUACAUUUCUCCUUCUUACGUUUUUGUUCUUGAUUAAACCCUUUUCCCUUUUCCCAAAUUUCAAUCAAUCAAAACCCAAUUCGUACUAUAUCAUAUCACUACAUUCAUUGGCGUUGUAAAGUCGUACUUCGCUCCCUACCCCUCGAUUCUGCUCCUUUCACAGAUCUUGUCUGAUUAUCUUUCACAUACCCUGCUGCUUUAAAUGCUUACAUUUUCAGAUUCAUCUGUAAUUACAUUUUUCAUAGCGAGAUUCUUCAACAAAUGCUAAACCCUAGCAGAUCAAGAACUCAACCCAGGCCUACCCGAUCUCAUCCUCUCGGAGGCAUGGAUUAUGUGGACCCAAAGAAGAAAAAUGGUGUUGUAGGAAAGAUCCUUUUAGCUGCAGGACUUACUGCAAUAUGCAUUCUUAUGCUUAAACAAUCCCCAUCUUUCAACACCCCUAGUCCUUUUUCUCAACAUGAAACUGGUGUCACUCAUGUGUUAGUAACUGGAGGUGCUGGUUAUAUUGGUUCACAUGCAGCCCUACGCCUUCUAAAAGAUAAUCAUCGUGUCACUAUAGUGGAUAAUCUCUCUCGUGGAAACCUAGGAGCUAUCAAAGUUCUUCAAGAUCUCUUCCCAGAACAUGGGAGACUUCAAUUCAUUUAUGCUGAUUUGGGAGAUCCAAAAGCCGUGAACAAAAUCUUUGCUGAAAAUGCAUUUGAUGCAGUGAUGCAUUUUGCUGCAGUUGCAUAUGUUGGAGAGAGUACCCUUGAUCCCCUAAAGUAUUAUCACAAUAUUACAUCAAAUACACUUGGGGUGAUGGAGGCCAUGUCAGCACACAAUGUGAACACACUAAUAUACUCUAGUACUUGUGCAACAUAUGGAGAGCCUGAAAAGAUGCCAAUUACAGAAGAAACUCCCCAGCUUCCGAUUAAUCCUUAUGGAAAAGCCAAGAAGAUGGCGGAAGAUAUUAUCUUGGAUUUCCAUAAAAACUCGGAUAUGGCCGUGAUGAUUCUAAGAUACUUCAAUGUGAUUGGUUCUGAUCCGGAGGGAAGAUUAGGAGAAGCACCAAGGCCAGAACUCCGUGAACAUGGAAGAAUAUCGGGUGCAUGCUUUGAUGCAGCUCGUGGAAUCACCAAUGGCCUCAAGGUUCGAGGAACGGACUAUAAAACCCCUGAUGGAACUUGUAUAAGGGAUUACAUUGAUGUGACUGAUUUAGUUGAUGCUCAUGUUAAAGCACUUAAUAAAGCAAAACCAGGACAUGUUGGAAUUUACAAUGUUGGGACAGGAAGAGGAAGAUCAGUCAAAGAAUUUGUGGAGGCUUGUAAAAAGGCAACGGGUGCAUCAAUUAAAGUAGACUACCUUCCAAGGCGACCCGGUGACUAUGCAGAAGUAUUUAGUGACCCGUCAAAGAUCCUCCGUGAGCUUAAUUGGUCGGCACAAUAUACGGAUCUUGAAAAGAGUUUGAGGGUUGCAUGGAGAUGGCAAAAGUUACAUAGGAAUGGCUAUAAUCCUUCAAUGGCUUCCAUUUAAGAUUUUAAAUGUUUAUUUUAUUGUCACAUGAUAUGAGAGGUGUAGGCAUAUUUAUAUAUAUGUGUAAUUUUUAAACAUGAAUACAUACAUGAAUGAUGAAAAACUUGUUAGCAAGUGAAUUAUAAGAAUAAUGAUAAUAGCUAUGAGGAGUAGCCUAAUUAUUAUUUUACAUAAUGGAGAGGAUGCCAUGACUUUAUGCUUUUAA